AUGGCUCCUGGGGUCUCAAAUGAGAAGAAAACUGAUGAUGAGCAGGCUUCAAAAGAGAAUUUUAUCCAUCUCUGCAACCCUCACCUGGAGAAAAUGAAAGAAGACAUCCUAUACCAUUUUGCUCUUGGGACUGGUACCCAUGAUUUUCCAUCAUUGUUUGGAGAUGUAAAGUUUGUAUGUGUUGGAGGAAGUCCUUCACGGAUGAAAGCCUUUAUUGCCUACAUAGCUGAAGAACUGGGGCUUGGGAGCCCUGGGUGUGACUAUCCUAAUAUCUGUGCGGGAACUGACCGUUACGCAAUGUACAAAGUGGGACCCAUUUUGUCUGUCAGUCACGGUAUGGGCAUUCCUUCUAUUUCAAUCAUGCUGCAUGAGCUGAUCAAACUGUUGUAUCAUGCCAAGUGUUCCAACAUAACCAUUAUUCGCAUUGGCACCUCUGGUGGAAUAGGUCUGGAGCCAGGCUCAGUGGUUAUAACUAGGCAGUCUGUAGAUGCCACCUUCAAACCUCAGUUUGAACAGGUUGUUCUGGGAAAGACAGUAGUUCGCAGUACAAACCUAGAUGAACAGCUAGCUCAGGAACUGAUGCAGUGCAGUAAAGAAAUCAAUCAGUUCAAUACAGUCAUUGGAAACACUAUGUGCACUUUGGAUUUCUAUGAAGGACAGGGCAGGUUGGAUGGUGCAAUCUGCCUAUAUAACGAAGAAGAGAAACUGCAAUAUUUGAAAGAAGCUUAUGAUUCUGGUGUCAGAAACAUAGAGAUGGAGUCUUCUGUAUUUGCUGCAAUGUGUAAUCUCAGCGGUGUCAAAGCUGCCGUAGUGUGUGUCACUCUUCUGAAUCGGCUUGAAGGAGAUCAGAUUAGUAGCUCACAUGAUGUGCUUGUGGAAUACCAGCAGAGACCACAGAAGUUGGUGGGAUAUUUCAUUAAGAAAAGCCUUGGGAAAGUGUGAAAUAUCUGUCUUUGUUCUGUAGAAGCAGAAGGCUUUUGCACAGCUGAAGUCAUAGUCACGGCUUCUGUGCAUUAGAGGUCUUUUGCCUCAGAAUAGCUUACAGCGUUCUGUGUGUCUGUAGAGUUAAUCAUUUAUGUCCCUGUGCUUUGGGAACUGAAUGUGCUGAAUGGACUUAAGUUUUGCUUAGUUAGGCAUUGCUAGAUGUAAGACUCAUUCUUCUGUGAACUGAAAAGUGGAUCUGUUCUGAAGGACAAG